GAAAACACAUGUGAUUAAUCUGCACUGGAACAUUUUCUGUUGAAUCCACUGUUGCCCCCCCUCUCUCUCUCUCUCUCUCUCUCUCUCUGAAAAGAAGCAACGACAGUAACAAACCAAAUCUGCAAAUCCUCUGUUUCCAUGAAAAUUCAAGACCGAAGACGAUCAUAACAGUUUACAAAUCCGCUACUCAUUUCCCCAUUCAAUGUCUGCCCAGAAGGAUAAAAAGUUUUGAUCUUUUUCGAUUUCUAACGGGAAAAUAGAGAGAUCUCAUCACUUGUCAGCACUUAGUAAAGACCACACCACAGCUAUGGCGGCUGUUCUGUUUUCGGCGGUUAUUCUGGUUUGCUUAUUACUACCAAUAGCGGUUCUGUCUUACGGUUUCCCGGCGGCCCUGAAACUAGAAAGAGCCGUUCCGCCGAAUCACGAGAUGGAAAUGAGUCAACUCAAGGCUCGUGACAGAGCCAGGCACGGCAGAUUGUUGCAGUCUCUCGGCGGUGUAGUUGAUUUCCCCGUCGACGGGACUUUUGAUCCUUUCGUUGUUGGAUUAUACUAUACGAAACUGCGGUUGGGAUCACCUCCAAGAGACUUUUAUGUACAGAUUGACACAGGAAGUGAUGUAUUGUGGGUUAGUUGUGCUUCUUGCAAUGGCUGUCCUCAAACCAGUGGACUCCAAAUUCAGUUGAAUUACUUUGAUCCAGGGAGCUCGGGAACAGCGACACCAAUCUCAUGUUCUGACCAAAGAUGCAGCUGGGGUGUUCAGUCCUCUGACUCAGGCUGUUCUGUUCAGAACAACCUCUGCGCUUACACGUUUCAGUAUGGUGAUGGAAGUGGCACCUCCGGAUACUACGUCUCUGAUCUCUUGCAGUUUGACAUGAUUGUAGGAAGCUCCCUCGUCCCAAACUCAACGGCUCAGGUUGUGUUCGGAUGCAGCACCUCACAGACGGGAGAUUUAGUGAAGUCGGACCGAGCUGUUGACGGGAUCUUCGGGUUCGGGCAACAAGGAAUGUCUGUUAUCUCUCAGCUUGCUUCGCAGGCAGUAGCUCCAAGAGUGUUCUCACACUGCUUGAAAGGAGAGAACGGAGGCGGAGGGAUAUUGGUUCUCGGAGAGAUUGUGGAGCCAAACAUGGUCUUUACUCCACUCGUUCCCUCGCAGCCUCAUUACAAUGUGAAUCUGCUGAGCAUCUCGGUGAAUGGCCAAGCUUUACCUAUCAAUCCAUCUGUCUUCUCCACAUCCAACGGCCAGGGAACAAUCAUCGAUACUGGUACAACAUUGGCCUACCUUUCUGAAGCAGCCUAUGUUCCUUUCGUUGAAGCUAUCACAAAUGCUGUUUCGCAGUCUGUGAGACCCGUUGUUUCAAAAGGGAGCCAAUGUUACGUGUUAACCACGAGUGUCGCAGACGUGUUUCCUACGGUAAGCUUGAACUUUGCUGGUGGAGCAUCCAUGUUCUUGAAUCCUCAGGAUUACCUCAUACAGCAAAACAACGUAGGAGGUACUGCUGUGUGGUGCAUUGGUUUUCAGAGGUUACAGAAUCAAGGGAUAACUAUCCUUGGAGAUUUAGUUCUUAAAGACAAAAUAUUUGUCUAUGAUCUGGUCGGUCAGAGAAUCGGAUGGGCAAACUACGACUGUUCAAUGUCGGUGAAUGUAUCUGCGACUAGCAGCAGUGGAAGAAGCGAGUACGUGAACGCAGGACAGUUUAGUGACAAUGCUGCGGCGCCACAAAAACCGUCUCUGGACAUUGUUGGAAACAUUGUACUGUUAUUACUAUUGGUGGUGAUAAACAUGUUUUUAUAGCACACAGAUUUGCCUAGUUUGAUGUACACUGGUUUAUAUGGUCAAUGUUGUGUUGCUUGUGGUCGCUGGAGAGUAAUUAUCUCUCGACCGGCGAAGCCGAGCAGAAGAAAAGUUAACUUCUUUGUUUGUUUGUUUGUUACAUUCUCUUGAUGUAGUUUCGGAUGUAAAUAAUUCGUUUCCUUUGUGUA